AUGGAAAAUGAAAUGGAGCGCGCGGUGAAGCCCUUGGUGAAGCACCAUGACCCCGACACCUCGCUCAAAGAGGGCCUCGAGCAGAACCGACUGGCUCCAGCGCAGAAUAUGAGCCCAGAAGAAAUCGCUGUGGUCGAGAAGAGGCUAAAGCGCAAACUUGACCUGCGGUUGCUGUGCUGUGUCUGGGUCAUCUUUGUGAUGAACUAUCUAGACCGGAACAAUAUCUCGGCAGCAAAGGUCGCUGGUAUAUCGGAUUCUCUGAACCUAAGCAGCACGCAGUACGCCACUGCUGUGGCCCUCCUCUUCGUCGGUUACGUCCUGAUGCAGAUUCCAUCGAAUAUCUUCCUUGCCCAAAUAAAGCCCUCAAUCUAUCUACCUACUGUUAUGGCAAUAUGGGGCAUGCUGUCGGCUCUCGUUGGAGCAGUUCAUAACGCAUCGGGUCUCUACGCGCUUCGCUUCUUGCUGGGCUUUGUUGAGGCCGCGUUCUAUCCCGGAGCCCUCUUCCUAAUCUCAUCCUGGUACAAACGCAGCGAAAUGGGCGUCCGCAGUGCAAUCCUCUUCUCGGGCUCGCAACUCGGCAGCGCCUUCUCCGGCCUCAUCGGCGCGGGGAUAACCGGUGGACUCGAGGGCGCCCGGGGCCUCGAAUCGUGGCGCUGGAUCUUUAUAAUUGAGGGCUCCGUGACAGUCUUCAUCGCCUGCUUCGCCAUCUUCAUUCUGCCCAACUACCCCUCCAACACGACCUGGCUGUCACCCGAAGAGCGCGCUGUCGCCGAAUGGCGCCUCAUCUCCGAUGCAGGACAGGUAGACGAAGACGACGAGAAGUGGAGCUACGGGUUCAAAAUGGCCUUUGCAGACUGGCGGCUGUACAUCUUCGCUCUCAUCUUCCUCUGCAUCCAGGUCGCGAGCGCGACAUCGAAUUUCUUUCCAAGCGUCGUCAAAACACUCGGCUUCAGCACAGUCAAUACCCUCCUCCUCACCGUACCCCCUUACAUGGUCGGGCUGGUCGUGGCAAUUGGAAACAAUUGGUCCGCAGACCGUCUACAAAACUCCUCGUUUCAUGUAAUGUGGCCGCUCGCAGUCGCGAUAGUCGGCUUCGUCGUUGCCGCCGCAUCCCUAAACACAGGGGCGCGCUACUUCGCAAUGAUCCUCAUGGUCGGCGGCGGGCACGGCGCAAACGCCGUCCUGCUAGCCUGGACGCAGAAGACGAUGAUCCGCCCGCGAAUCAAGCGCGCGUCUGCGGUGGCCUUUGUGAAUGCAUUUGGGAACCUGUCGGGGAUCUUCUCGUCGUAUUUGUAUCCGGAUAGCUCGAAGCCACGGUAUGCCCUGGCUAUGUCUGCCAACUCGGGGUUCUCAUUGGGGGUCAUUAUUCUCGCACUGUUUAUGCGGAUUGUCCUGCUGAGGGCAAAUAAACGCCUUGAGCGAGGGGAGACGACUGUUGCGCAGGAGAUGAGGGGGGAGAGUCAGCGGGAGAUUGCGGGCGUGUCGGAGGAGGAGAGGGUCGCCAGGAGGGAGGGGUUCAGGUACAUUGCGUAG